AUGGCGUCCCUGGAGGAGGAGCUGACCUGCUCUGUGUGCCGAGACAUCUUCGGUGAAGCCCACCCCCUGCCCUGCGGCCACAGCUUCUGCCCCGCCUGCAUCCGCGAGGCCUGGAGCAGCCCGGCCGAGGAUAAAGUUCGCUUUACCUGUCCCCAGUGCCAGGAGGAGCAUGGUGAAGUGUUGUGCGACUGCUGCUCCCCUGAGACAGAGAAAGGGCCGCCGGCACUGGCCGUCAAAACCUGCCUGAGGUGUGAGGUGUCGUUGUGCAAAGAACACCUCCAGCCCCAUCUGGAAAGGCCGGCGUUUAGCACCCAUUUGCUGGUGGAUCCGCUGGGCGACCUCUCCCAGCGAAGAUGCCCAACACACAGAGAGAUACUCCGCUACUAUUGUGCAGAUGAGAGGGUGUACUUGUGCGGGGACUGUCUGAUUGAGGGAGGCCACGCUCAGCACAAAGUGAAAGCACUGAGACAAGUGGAAGAUGACCUGAAGGUCAUUCUCCAGACGCUGCUCGGAAAAGCGGAGGAAAAAGUGAAAGAUGGAGAGAGAAUCCUCAAGGAGCAUGAGAAUGUUGAUUCCACUGUGGCUGACUCCAUAAAAAAGGACGGCGCCCAGGUGGAGCGCCUGGGCUCAGGACUGCAGAUUCAGGUGACAAAGCUGGUGGUGGCCCUGAGGGACAUCACCAAGAAGGAGAGGCAGCAGGUCAUUGAUCGUGUGCACCAGGACUGCUCCAAGGUGAGAGACGACGUGAGCCAGACGCUGAGCAUCCAGCACUACCUGGUCUCACUGCUGGCAGAGACCGACCCCUUUCUGCUCAUCUGGGCAUUUCAAUCAGAUGACACAAGGUUACUCGCUGACCUGAGCAGCCCACUCUUUGUUCCUGAGGCCGUCAGUCUGGACAGAAAACAUAUCUUGGAGGACAUAGAGAGCAAGUAUCGAGAGUUCAUCACCUCCACUCUCCGCUGCCUCAGUGAACUCAAGAGGGAGCUCUUAACCAGUCCUUUGAGUCUGGACACAAACUCCGCCCACCCUCUCUUGAGCAUCGCUGAGGACCUUCGCUCAGUGACGCGAGUUAAAAUCCGCCAGCCCUGUGCAGCCCACCCUGAACGCUUCGACCACUGGCCGCAGGUUCUCACCGUCCAGACCUUCUCCUCUGGGACUCACUACUGGGAGCUGGAGACUAAGGGAUUCUGGGAUAUUGGCAUCUGCUAUAGAAGUAUUGGAAGAAAGGGGAAAGAUGACAACGCCUUUGGGAACAACAAGGUAUCAUGGAGCUUGACACAACAGCAUGACAGGAAGCUGGCUGCCUGGCACAACCGCAGAAAGACCCGCCUAUCGUACCAAAUGACCACCAACCGAGUCGCUGUGGCAGUGGACUACGGUGCAGGAACCAUCACCUUCUCUGAAGUGGGACUAUCCAGCAACCUGACGCACCUUCACACCUUCUCCACUUUGUUCACUCAGCCCGUGUGCUUGGGCUUCGGACUCUACAAAGCUGAGCUCAACAGCUGCAUCUCGAUCGUCAAAGUCUGAGAUAAAGGAGAGGAAAGGAGGCCUGAGAUACCUACUGCUGGCACCUGCACUGGUUUGAUGUAAACAAACACACUACAAGACAUUAUAGAGUUGUUUCAUUCCCUAACAAACACAGGACUCUGCACUGUACUCUGAACAUUUUGCCAACUGGAACUUUUUAGCAGAGCUGGUCCUACAGAAACAUUUCACUCCGAACGGUGACCAGGUGAUUCUGACAUGGAAAUAAUAUCCAACAGAGAAGAGUGAGAAUGUUAGUAAGUGGGAGAGAAAAUAAAGACUCAUGUGAAAAAGUACAGGAAUAGAUUUUCAUAUCAAGACUGCAAGGUUAUUAUGUGCUUUUCAUUCCAUAGUGAUUUAAAAAAGCAAGUGACUGGCUACUAAUAAUAAACUCUGCUGCCAGUUUAUUGGAUACACUUCAAUAAAACAGAUGCAGUCUAAUACAACAGCGUUUUAAUAAACCCUACAGUUGUACUGUUCCUGUUUUUGUUGAAAGAAAUGUAUUUAACUUUGUGUUCAUUUUGAAGGCUCUACUUUAUGGUGCUGUUGAAUUAUAUUGCAUCAGGAGGUGUUUCUAAUAUUUAGUUAACCUUUAUUGAUAUAAAUGGGGGAACUGACAUGUAAGAAUCCCGGUUUUGUUGCGGUGCACAGGCCUACCUCUGUUUGACUAAAAACGUAUUCUGUUUAUUUGUUUAAUUCAUGUCUAGCUGUGCCUAUCACCAGGCUGUUAAACAAUGUAUAUUCCAGCCUUUUAUCUAAUAUAGAUGAUUAAAG